GUUGGAGACGUGGCUGGACUCCGCUAAGGCUCUGUGGAUCUUUUGUGACCUGCUGCUGGUGAGGAGACAGCGAGACGUGUGCGACAGUGCAAAGCUAUCGUGGUACCAGAACUUACAUCUAAAUCUGUCAUCAUGGUUGCAGAAGCUUCCAACUUCAAGUCAAAAGAAAUAUUUGACAAGAUGGGAGAAGUCCUGAAGACUGAUGGAUCUGCACUUGUUAAAAAGAUGAAGGCCGUGUUCGCCUUCUCCGUAAAGAACAGCGACGGCCAGACGGCCGUCUGGACCGUGGAUGUCAAAAACGGCAACGGAUCUGUGGAGUUUGGCACCGACAAAAAGGCCGAUGUGACGCUGACACUCUCCGACGUCGACUUGGUCGAUCUGAUGCUGGGCAAACUGGACGCCCAGAAGGCCUUCUUCCAGGGAAAACUGAAGAUCAAGGGCAACAUGGGCCUCGCUAUGCGCCUCAAGGCCUUCCAAAGUGAGAUGGAUAAAUACAAGGCUAAACUGUGAUUGUGUGGGAGGAGCUCAAAGGAAAACUGCUUUUACAUGACGACUGUGGAUGGGACGAUACGAUAAGACGUGCAACACAAAUCUGCAAUCACCAGUGUCUGUAUGAUCGUGUGUCGUGUAUGUUAAUCGAGCUAUAUGUGUGGCUGCCAGAGCCACCCAACGCCUGUUGACCUUGUACACUGUGGUGCAGCGGUGAUAAUCAGCUUUUGUAUAUCUGUGCCGUGUUGGCUGCGGUUGGUGGUGCGGUACUGGUGGUCGACGGCGAACCGUCUUGUUACAUUUAGUCGCGAUGGGGAUGGACGUCUGUACUCCUGGACUUUUCCGCAGGGAGGACGGAGCCUAUAGUAGCCUUGGGGAGGACUUGUCCGAGCGGAGUAGAUUGGAAUUUGGAAUGUGCCGAUCUGCAUGCUCAUGCAAUGCACAUAUUGAAAAUAUAAAUCGUACCAAAGGGUGUGUAAAGAAA